GAGGGAGAGACGGAGGGGCAGCCUCUUUGGGACUAACUCAUGAAGAACAAGGGUGCCAAGCAGAAGCUGAAACGAAAGGGGGCCGCCAGUGCAUUUGGCUGUGACCUGACGGAGUAUCUGGAAAGCUCAGGACAAGAUGUUCCAUAUGUGUUGAAGAGCUGUGCAGAGUUCAUAGAGACUCACGGCAUUGUAGAUGGAAUCUACCGGCUUUCGGGAGUCACCUCAAACAUACAAAGGCUAAGGCAAGAGUUUGGCUCAGAUCAAUGUCCAGAUCUGACAAGGGAAGUAUACCUCCAGGACAUCCACUGUGUGGGCUCCCUCUGCAAGCUCUACUUCAGGGAGCUGCCCAACCCCCUCCUGACUUAUGAGCUGUAUGGGAAAUUCACGGAGGCAGUGUCAUAUUGCCCAGAAGAAGGCCAACUGGCCAGAAUCCAAAAUAUUAUCCAGGAGCUUCCCCCAUCCCAUUAUAGGACCUUGGAAUACCUGAUUCGACACCUGGCCCACAUCGCCUCCUUCAGCAGCAAGACCAACAUGCAUGCCAGGAACCUGGCCCUGGUGUGGGCACCAAACCUCCUCAGGUCUAAAGAAAUUGAGGCCACUGGUUGCAAUGGAGAUGCAGCUUUCCUUGCAGUCCGGGUCCAGCAAGUGGUGAUUGAGUUUAUAUUGAAUCAUGUGGAUCAAAUCUUCAGCAACGAUGCUCCUGCGUCUCUGGAGAAUGAUGAAAAUCGGCCCAUCAUAAAGAGCCUGACGCUGCCAGCCCUGUCCCUGCCCAUGAAGUUGGUAAGCCUGGAGGAAGCUCAGGCCCGCAACCUGGCUACUAACCAUCCUGCCCGGAAGGAAAGGAGGGAGAACAGCCUGCCUGAGAUUGUGCCUCCCAUGGGCACCCUCUUCCACACUGUCCUGGAGCUACCAGACAACAAGAGAAAGCUUUCCAGUAAAUCAAAGAAGUGGAAAUCUAUAUUUAACCUGGGACGUUCUGGAUCAGACUCCAAAUCAAAGCUGAGUAGAAAUGGGAGUGUAUUUGUGAGAGGACAGAGGCUCUCAGUAGAGAAGGCUACUAUCCGACCAGCUAAAAGCAUGGACUCGCUGUGUUCAGUGCCUGUGGAAGGAAAAGAAACCAAAGGAAAUUUCAACCGAACAGUCACCACGGGUGGAUUUUUCAUUCCAGCCACGAAAAUGCACUCCACCAGCACUGGCAGCUCCUGUGACCUCAGCAAGCAGGAGGGUGAAUGGGGCCAGGAGGGGAUGCCCGCGGGCGCGGAGGGGGGCUUUGAUGUGAGCAGCGACCGAAGCCAACUUCAGUGCACUCAGAUCCGUCCCCCACCGGAGCAACUGAAGGUGUUCCGGCCGAUCGAGGACCCAGAGAGCGAGCAAAUAGCCCCAAAGAUGCUGGGUAUGUUUUAUACCUCGAGCGACAGCCCUAGCAAGUCCGUAUUCACCAGCAGCCUCUUCCAGAUGGAGCACUCGCCGCGUCACCAGCGCAAGGCGCUGAACAUCUCCGAGCCCUUUGCGGUGUCCGUGCCGCUCCGAGUGUCCGCGGUAAUCAGCACCAACAGCACCCCGUGCAGAACACCCCCAAAGGAGUUGCAGUCUCUCUCCAGCCUAGAAGAGUUUUCUUUCCAGGGGUCAGAGAGCGGAGGUUGGCCAGAAGAGGAGAAACCACUGGGAGCCGAGACUUCUACAGCUUCUAUCACUAAGAAGGCAGCUCUGGAAGAUACCCCACCAGGACCUGAAGGCCUGGGGACAGUGGAAUGCAACCAAAGCCUUUCCCUGGAGCCAGGUACCCAAACGGAGGAGAAGAAGACCUCAGAAAUCUCCCUGGGCUCUCAACAUAUAAGGGAAUUAGAGAAGAGGAUGAAUCCGGAGAAGGCCGUUGAGGAAAGGCGAGAGGCUGAGGAUGUGGAGACCAAUGCUCUGCAGGAGUGCCCCGGGAUCAGAACAGAAGCCAUGUUUCUCCAUGAGAUGGAUGAAGAUGAUCUGGCUAAUGCCCUGAUAUGGCCCGAGAUUCAACAGGAGCUUAAAAUCAUUGAAUCUGAGGAGGAACUUGCGUCAUUGCCACCAUCUGUUCAGAAGAUAAGCCUAAUUCUGCCCAGUUUUGAGUCAAGUCCAGGGCCCUUUGCUUCCCCAGAGCCUCCAGGGAGUGUCUCUCGUGCCUCCGCCCCCUCUCCAGUCUCCGCCCCCCAGGAGGAGGGGACUAAGGUCUCAACCAAUCAGAGUACAAUGGAUGCUGCCACGGCAGCCAAUAGAGAUAAGCCAGAGUCAACCAGAGUCCACAGCUCCGAGUCUGGGCUGCGUCCUGACCGUGCUACUCUGGCUCCUCUAGAAAUAAUUCCUUUUGAGGAGCCAUCUCCACCGGCAAGGACUGAGGCUGGACGCCCCGGGAAUCUCUCUCCUCCGCUUCCUCCUGCUCCUCCCCCUCCAACUCCUCUGGAGGAGGCGCCUGGAAUCCUGCUGUCAAAGGGCGGUGUUGAGAGAGAAGAUCCAUCCAGGAAUUUGAGGACAAAUCCUUAUAUAGAGCAGCCGGGGUCCAAAGAUAGCCCUGGGAUCUCUAGUCUCUGUCAGGGAGAGGAGGCCACUCCAAGACAAAGUGAAAAACAAACUUCAAAGAACGCUGCUCCGGAGGGGGAAGUCCUUGGUUUUCCAAGCCCAACAAAGGAGGUUGAGAUCUCCCCACAUGGAGAGGGGGAUGUAGCCCAGUCAGUACAGGAGCCUUCAGACUGUGAUGAAGAUGACACUGUGACAGACAUUGCUCAGCACGUCCUGGAGAUGGUGGAGCCCUGGGAGGAGCCCCAGUGGGUGACAAGCCCUCUUCACUCUCCCACACUGAAAGAAGUGCAGGAGGCCCAGAUGCAGGGCCCGCAGAGCCACCGAUUGGAGAAGAGGCUUUCUCACAGGCCCAGCCUUCGCCAGAGCCACUCUCUGGAUAGCAAAACUACCAUUAUGAGUCCGUGGACUCUUGAGGUCACCCCAUCCAGCAGCUGUGCUAAUCUUCAAACAGAGAGAAAUUUUGAUCCUCAGGCAGCCAGGAGAGAGAUUACUAGAUGGGAUGAGAAAGCCCUGAAGAGCUUCAGAGAGUUCUCUGACCUGAAAGGGGAAGAGGUUCUUCCCAGCCAGAAGGGACCAGGUAGUGUUCAGUCUAAGCCAGCAGCAAUCAGCCCAGUCACCCCAGUAGAGGGAAAGGAGCUGGGACCGCUUCUUGGGCAGAGCAACCAGAUUAAGCAAGCUGGUGUUCCUGGGCUAGAAAAUAGCAAGGAGAGUUCACCUAAGGUUCAGGAUAGCACCUCACCUGGAGAAGACCUCCCAAAGUUACAGCUAAAGAGCACUGAGUGUAGCCCCUCAAAAGGGAAAAACCGGCCUUCUUCCCUCAACUUGGACUCUGCCAUUCCCAUUACUGACCUCUUCCGGCUUGAGAAUGGGGCUUCAUUUAGUUCACCUGGAAUGCAGCUCUGUGAAUCAGGAGACCCCAAGUUCACCUGGAUGACCUCAUCUCACUGUAAAGCAGACUCCUGGAAAGAUUACUCCCAGGAUACCCAGGACCUGGACCUUGUUGCUCAUGCCCUGACAGGCCGCCGUAACUCAGCUCCCGUGAGUGUGUCAGCUGUGAGAACCUCCUUCAUGGUCAAAAUGUGUCAAGCCAGGGCAGUGCCAGUCAUCCCACCCAAGAUUCAGUAUACACAGAUCCCACAGCCCCUGCCAUCUCAGAGCACAGGGGAGAGUGUAGCUCAGCCUCUGGAGAGGAGCCAAGAGGAAUCCAGCUCAACUAGUGGGACCUCUCAGAAAUCUGCCAAAGGUGAUUCUCCCUCCUCCCUGGAAAGCCCAAGGGAAGAGAAACCAAAGCAAGAUACAGGAGCCAUAGCAUCCUCACGGAUGGAUACCACUGCAUCCUGCACUUGUGAGGGACCCACCCUUUCUCCAGAAUCAGACUUAUCUAAUCUCCUCUCCACCCAGGAUGCAGUAGUGCAAUGCAGAAAGCGCACAUCAGAGACAGAGCCAUCUGGGGACAACCUUCUUUCUUCAAAAAUAGAGCGGCCAUCUGGGGGUUCUAAGCCUUUCCACAGGUCAAGGCCAGGAAGACCUCAGAGCCUAAUCUUAUUCAGUCCUCCUUUCCCCAUCAUGGACCACCUGCCUCCCUCAUCCACAGUUACAGAUUCCAAGGUCCUGCUGUCUCCUAUCAGAAGUCCCACUCAGACAGUUUCCCCUGGCCUUCUUUGUGGGGAGUUGGCAGAAAACACAUGGGUCACACCAGAAGGGGUUACACUUAGGAAUAAAAUGACCAUCCCUAAGAAUGGCCAAAGACUAGAGACCUCGACCAGCUGUUUUUACCAGCCCCAGCGGAGAUCAGUAAUUCUGGAUGGAAGAAGUGGGAGGCAAAUAGAAUGAUCAGUUCAGUUGCUGGUGUCUGAAAAAACAUCAUGAUUCAUCUGGAAAUUAUUACAGGGCCAACUUGCCAUUUUCCAGCACAGAUUAUCUAACUUUGGACUUAUUUUGGCCUCUAACUUCUCUUUUUUCAGCCUUUUGACUAUUCACUAAUUAAUCCUUUGCCAGAAGAGUGUCAAGGAAAGGACCAAAAGGUGAAAUUUAGAUAAGUCUGUACGAUCAAGUGGGAAAGCUUAGGUAAGGAAUGAGGGAAUUCUUGCUUCCAAUGAAAUUUGGGGUCUCUUAUGUAAGCUGCAUUACUCCCCUACUACCAUUACCUAUUACUGUUGAGAGCUGGCUAUAGUAAUUGUCUUUUGCAAAAAAGAAAAAUCCUUUGCAGGUGUUGGAAAAUGCUAUUGAGAUUUGAAGGCCUCCUCUUUAUUUCAUGCUUUUUACUGCUCUUUAAAGCAUGUGUUCUUAAACCAGUUUUCUAAUAAGCUUUGAAAAAGUGAACUAUCCAAAAUAGAAGCAGAUUUGGAAAUGCAAACUAAUGUGCAUUUAGAUAUCCAAGUGGGUAAACUCACCCAUGCUCUUUCCCUGGAAUCCCUGCAGAUCUGUCCAAGAUGACUCCAUAUACCAGCAUAGAAAAUCAGAAUCUAUAAGUCAGGAGCAAACCCUGAGACUGGCACAAACUACAGACUUUCUGGUGCAUUUCAUUUGGGACCCUACUUGCCACUGUUCUGAACUCUGAUUUAUAAAUCCAGUAGCUGGCCAAGUGAGGACUGAGCUGAGGAUUUUCUUAGUGAAAUGAAUCAAAAUUUUCAUGUAUACAGUUGUGAAGUGAAGGUAUCAUCUUCCUUAACAAUAUCAGGGUGUAAGCACCCAAUGUCAUCAUAGAGAAAAGCCCCACACAAAGCCUACACUGUGAACUUAAUGUAUUUAAGUUGGUGGGCAGGAAACACUUCCUGCUCAGCCUUACUCUUCUUCCACACUGGGCUGGGUCCAGCAGUACAGGAAGGGAGGCAAGGAGGGAUCCUAGCAGAGUGGACAUCACUACCACUCACUCCCCUCCUUGAAAAUGUAUUUCAUUUUAGACAGUGGGUCCCUUCUUUUUCCCUCUCCCUAUAUUGUUCCAGAUUUGAGGCAUGUGUCUCCCUUCCAUAAUUCUCUUCAGCCACCAUCUACCUAAGGCCCUCAAACUUGCUCUUCCUUCUAUCUGGAUGCAAGCAGAAGCAAUAAACCAAUCUGAUUUUCUUUCA